AAGAGGUAAAAUAAACUACAUAAUUGUGCGGAAAAUCGUUGUUUUGACUCGUGUGGUUGUUUGGUUGUAUACUUCGCCUUCGGCUCAGCCAACAAACUACACACUCUUCAAAAGAACGAUUUUCCGCACAAGCAUGUAAUCUACUAUUACUUUACGAGCGAGGUAAAGAGAGAAUUGUCACUUGUUUGGGUAACGGCCUGGAUAGAUGGCGUGGAAACUCAGCACUCUAACUUGCUCACCCCACAGCCGCUGUUUUUGCAUGAAAUGCGUUGACACUUUCCAUGUUUACCCUAUGUUGAAUGUAAACGUCUGUCAGAAAGUUGUCUGAAUCAGAAAAAGGUAUCUUACAAUAAUGACUUUUUCGCAAACACAAACUAUGGACUCAUCAGAACCCAAAACAAUCACGGACCUAAGUCUGGAACAAUUGAAAAUGAUUUUCGCUGGUAAAAUAUCUCCCAGACGACUCGCUUGCGUGAGGGAAAAAUACGACCUACUCAAAUACUUGUGGAAAGAAUCGGAAAUAGAAGACACCGGCUGCAACGAGUACGCAAAACAGAGAUUAGCUGAUAUGAUCACACCAAUGCGUCGACGAACUACAUGUCACACAGUUCCAUCAUCAGCUGACAGAUUCGAGGAAAAUAAAUCAAAAAUUCAGAACCUCGUGCGAUCAGCAGUAGGAAAUAAAUGGUGGCAAUUCGGAAAACAUUUGUAUAUAAAACAGGGACAACUGGAUACCAUCGGUACUGAAGAGAAUACAGUCGUCCGAAAAGUCAAUAGAGUUUUCGAAGCAUUUGAACAAAACUGUUACAAUGAAGUCGCCUAUGUGAAUGCAGUUAGUAAAGCACUACAUGGUUGUAGACUAACAGAUCUAGCGACAGAGAUUUACCGAAUUGUGGAACAUUGAUAUUUGUCAAUAAAAUAAGUUUUCAAACAA